AAACUAAUAAUAGAAAUUGAAAGAGAGAAGGAGAAUGGAAGAAGGAGAAGAAGAACAAGUUACGGUGGCGCCGCCUCACGUGUUGAUAUUUCCGUUGCCAAUACAAGGACACGUGAAUCCGAUGCUCAACCUAGCCGAACUCUUCUGCCUUGCUGGAUUCCACGUCACCUUCAUCCUCUCUCACUACGCCUACAACCGCAUCCACCACGCCGUCACCGCCCGCUUCUCCACAUACCCCGCCGGAAAAUUCUCUCUCCGUUCAAUCCCAGACGGCCUUCCAGACGAACACCCACGCGCCGGCGCACGAGUUCUCGAACUCGGAUCCUCUCUUAAAUCCUCCGCCAAACCGCUUCUCAAACAACUCAUCCUCACCCACCAAGGCCAGCCUUCAGUCACCUGCAUAAUCACCGACGCCUUCGAAUUCGUCGCUGACGUGGCAGAGGAACUUCGGAUUCCCUUCAUGUUCUUCCGGACAUUCAGCGCUUGUUCCUUUUGGGCCAACUUUUGUGUUCCUCAAAUUGCCCAAGCCGGUGAAUUUCCAAUCCAAGGGAUGAGUCAUGAAGAAAUGGACCGGCCUGUGAGAAGCGUCCCCGGAAUGGAAGACAUUCUCCGGCGACGAGAUAUUCCGAGGUUUUGGAGAGUAAACUGCGACAUCAACCUCGCGAAACAGACCAUGAAGUCAGCAAUUCAAGAAAGCCGACGUGCGAAAGGGAUCAUCCUCAACACAUUCGAAUCCCUCGAAGGACCAAUACUCUCUCACAUCAGAUCCCACUUGGAACCAACUCGUCUCUAUCCCAUCGGACCACUCCAAGCCCGCCUCCUCCGAAAACCCAACUCCGCCGGAGGAGGAGGAGGAUUCUGGAAAGAAGACAACAACUGCAUGACGUGGCUCGACGCUCAACCGGACGACUCCGUGGUUUACGUCAGCAUGGGUAGCGUAACAGAGUUGACUCAGACCCAACUCAACGAGUUAUGGCACGGACUCAUCAAUAGCGGCCAUAGGUUCUUGUGGGCCCUACGUCCAGAAUCCGUGGUGGGUUCGGAAACAGAUGAUAGAAUGGGCCAGGGCCAGGGCCAGGGCCUGGGGAGAGUAGUGGGUUGGGCCCCACAAGAAGAUGUUUUGGGGCAUCGGGCCGUGGGUGGAUUCCUUACCCACAGUGGAUGGAACUCGACUUUGGAGAGUAUAAUUGCGGGGGUACCUAUGAUUUGUUGGCCCUACUUUGCAGACCAGUUUAUAAAUAGUAGGUACGUGAGCCGUGUAUGGAAAAUAGGGAUAGACAUGAAGGACGUGUGCCACCGUUUGACGGUGGAAAAGACGGUUAGGGAGCUGAUGGAGAAGGGGGAGAAGAGAGAUGACUUACUUCAGAAAGCAUAUUGCAUGAAACAGACGGCCAUCAAAGCCGUUAAUAAUGGUUCCAGUUUCGACAUACUCAUUCAAGACAUAAGAUCAAUAAUAAUUUGAUUGAUUACUGUAUCA